AUGGUCCAGUACUCGGUCCCGACCAAUUAUACCUUCUCCCCGUCCUCGGCCACCCCUCACCUGACCAUCAAUCACGAUGUCGUCGCCGAUCUAGACUCAACCAAUGCAUUUGAGGGACCCGAGAAGCUUCUCGAGGUUUGGUUUGCGCCCAGCGCCGAUGCCCUGCCCAUCAAUGCCUCUCCCCUGGGCCUCAAGGCUGUUAAUAAGGAGACGUGGGAGUCCAUGCUUGACAUGGUCCACUGCAAGGUCCUCUCCGUCCUCGAGUCCGACACCGUCGACGCCUACCUUCUCUCCGAGUCGAGCAUGUUUGUGUUCCCCCACAAGCUGAUCCUCAAGACCUGCGGCACCACCACGCUUCUCCUCGGUCUCCAGCGCCUUCUCCAUAUUGCUGCCGUUCAUGCUGGCUUCCCCUUCAGCAAUGCCAGCUCCGUCGACAACAUCCGCGCCGCCGCCACCCCGUACCGCGUCUUUUACAGCCGCAAGAACUUCCUCUUCCCCGACAAGCAGCGCGGACCCCACCGCAGCUGGAAGCAGGAGGUCAAGUAUCUUGACGACAUGCUCAGCCACGGCAGCGCCUACAUGGUCGGCAAGAUGAACGGAGAUCAUUGGUACCUCUAUCUCACUCCCCCAAACCAGGAGCUCACCCCGCCAAUCACUCCUCAGUCGGAGACCCACGAAAUCCUGGAGACUGAUGGCGAUAUGGAGCUUGGAGUCGAGUCGAGCGGCGAUGAACAUGUCGACGAGACCUUGGAGAUCCUCAUGACCGAUCUCGAUCCUGAGAAUGCAAAGCAGUUCUUCCUUUCGCACGCGAGUGCGGUCGCUUGCGAUAGGAUGGCUGCGGAGAACAAGGCCCGCUGCUCGGCCACCAAUGGCGAUUCCUCGGAGCCGCUGGACGAAGUCGACGUCUUUAGCAACGGAAGCGACUCUGACCUGCACGACGGACUCAAGGGGCCGGAAAUUGACGAGUCCCUCACCACCGAGGGCCAUGCUCUGGGCACCGUCAUCUCCGACAACUGCGGACUGGCCAACGUCUACCCCACCUCGGUCUACCCCGACGCCCGCAUCGACGCCUACCUGUUCAGCCCCUGCGGCUUCUCUGCCAACGGCGUCGUGCCGGCCCCGCCCAACGCGGACGGCGAGAGCAAGGCCUGCCACUACUUUACCGUGCACGUCACCCCGGAGGACGGCUUCUCGUUCGCCUCGUUCGAGACCAACGUACCGGGCGGGCAGAAGGGUCGCGCGACGGCCGAGAUCAUCGAGCACGUGGUCGACAUCUUCAAGCCCGGCCGCUUCAGCGUCACGCUCUUUGAGGCCAAGGGCCGCCGCGCCAACCCCUACGGCGCCGGCGCGGACCAGAUUCGCGGCCUCGCGGGCAAGCGCCUCGCCGACCCGGUCCCCGGCUACAAGCGCGUCGAUCGCAUCGUGCACGACUUUGACGACUACAACCUCGUUUUCAGGUUCUUUGAGAAGGAUGGCUUCAACGGGCCCAAGGGCGCUCGUGUUGGAGAGGAUGAGUAA